UUCGUCGUGCAUCCUCCUCCACUCGUCCCAAAGUUACUUAAAAGUAACGCUUUCGAGUCAAUAUCCGUAUAAUAGUUUGGAAGAAAACGGAUCGCUUCACCCUGCAUAUCUUCGGACUGCGUCCAAUUUUUGCCAAGAUCUGCGAUCACCAUACGAUCGCGUCUCGUAACGGUGCUAACGAAAUUUCCAAAUGUUUUACAUAUCGCGCGUACCAUGUGCGUAUUUUCGCCGGUCACUCUGCAUAGAUCGUUUGUUCCUUCGAACUUCAACCCCUCUACGUUUUGCCCGACUCGUCGGAAAUACUUUGCAAGGAAAUACAUAAUCGACGAUUCUAUACGUAUUAUAUCGUGUAUACUCGGUUGAAAGCAAUUCCAUUCGCGGUUACUCGUAACUGCAUCGUGUUGCGUUCAGAGAAAGGCCGCCCGCCGGUCUACACUCUACUCUGCACGAUCGUUCCGUGGUCGAGUUUUUCGCAUACUUGGGAAAAUCAACCGCAGAAGUGAAUGUUAAUAAACGAGGGAUUUCUCUUUUACGCCGUGAAACCCUGAAACGGGUGAAUAAACUAGAAUAGCCGACCGUUUCGUGGCUAUCGAUCGCGAUUCAUCGAGAUGGUUUUUCAGUUAUUGCGUCUUACGACCCGAGACGUUCGAGUCUAUCGAAAUACGCCGCUGAUCAAAACCGACGUGCGAUGAUACGCGUUACAAAAUUUCUCGUCAACUUUUUUUCUCGCUCUUUUUCUCGCGAGAUCGAUCGAGGCCAAUACGAGAGAUCACGUUGCAACUGUAUUUGCAAGAAGAAACAAAAUUCUUUGCUACGGAAAUACGUAAUAACGAUCGUUGGAAGAAUUAACAUCUUUAAAAAUUGGGAGAACAAAAAUGAAAUCAAAGUACUUUAGAAACUAAUUUCGAAAAAAGUUCAAUGAAAAGUAAAAAUGGAUUAGGAACGAUCGAAAGGAGGACGGCAGUGUCCGAUAAAAUAGUCAACAAAUUGUCAGACUAAAAGUUAGUACGCGUUAACCCACAUCCCAGGAAGGUCGAGGGAAACUGAGUUUGGCGCGAACGUCGCAGCUCUCAUUUCCGCAACCCGCUUCUUAACUUCCGUCAUUGGACUGCUGGCGUAAUUGCGAAUGGAUUUCGUGCCCAUCGAUUAUCAAGGAUAAAAUCGGGUCGGGAUAAAAAUUCCCCGAUUUACCAUCCUUCGACGCGUCGCUAUUUCGUUACGUAGAUUAUACGAAACUAAAAUUAAAAAAAAAAAAUUCUAUUUGUCUAAAAAAUAUCUUCGAUUCGGAGAAAAUACGCGUUUCUUUAAGAUUAGUCAAUGGUUAAAUUGGAAAGGAAAAUAAUUUAGCGUGCUUUCGGAUCUUAAUCGUUUUUAAUAUAUUUCAACGCUUAUAUCAGGUUAAUCGAUCGAUAUGAAGUAUAAUAAACUUUGAUUUGUUCCGGUCUAGUAAAUGCUCGUUAGAAAAAAUUUAACGGUUUUAAAGUACUUAAACUUUUCCAGUCUUUGGAUUUGUACGUAUCGCCUGUUGGCAGCCUCUUUUUAAAGCGAGACCCGGUAAGCGUUAGAAUUUCCAUAAAAGUUUGGCAAUCGCUGGAAUACUCUGUUCGUCGCUAUAGUCGCGGCUACCGUCUUGUUCAAAUACGUAUAACACGCUGCAACGCACAGCAGUUGAUAUUAACGCGACAUCAGGCAACUCUCUUAAGUGAAAUUAUCGUUUUUCGAGCUAAGAUUUGAGAGAUCGUCGCGGUGUAACGUGUAUUUAAAAAUACUUUUUCUUUUUUUUUUUUUUAGAAUAUCUAUCCAAACGCUACGUACAUGUACGAUCUACUUUUUCCAAAUAAUUUGUUUAAACAUAACCAGGCGAAAGCUACGUAUCGAUAAAAUAAACGUAUAGAUUUGCAUAAAUAUCGCUAAAUAAAAUAAAUAUUGCCUAACCGCGUUCUUAAAACUUUGCAAAUAAAAAAGAAAUGUAAUUUUACAUAGAGGAAUGAGAGUUCAAAUGAGACACGCGUAACAUCGAAUCUAAUUUAUCGUACGAUAGCGCGUAAUUAAAUAUCAAUGAUCCAUGAUAAUUAUCGGUGAUAAGCAUCGUUCGAUUUUCCGUUCAAAGGAAGAAAGUACAAAGAAAGGUGAAAGUACUAUUGUAGUUUUGCCAGAAUUAAAUACAUUAAUUGAUACUUUCACGUAAUAUUAAUUACGGUUUUACGAUUCCACUGAAAUUCUUCAGUUUCACAAGCUAUGGCACGUUGAAUUCUUUUUACGCGACAGACGAUUUUUUUUUUUUUUUUUUUAACAGGCUUGCUAACACGAUCUUUCCUCGCAAUUACGUUCUCCUUUUAUUAUUAUUAUUAUGAAAAUUACAAUUUCUUCGAUUCUACAAAUUUCCUAUAUUCAAAGAAGAUGAAACUCGAUUCCAUAAAAGAAAAGGAAAAAAAGUCUGAUCUUAAGAAUGUGUCGCGAAGAUCACGAACGCAUCGCGUUAACGUCCUUACCACGAUAUCUCUCGUAUUCGGGGGCUGUAGGUGAACUUUUACGACCGACCGCAUACGUACACGUUCGAUACGUAACGCCUUUAAUUCCACGAUCGUCGCUCGGUGGCGGAGAAACGCGGCAACGCGGAGAUGCGAUAGCGGGUGAACGACUCGGGAGAAAGAUUCACAGUUACAAAAGCGAUUGCUCUACUGGCUGCGACGGUUUUUUGAAUCCGGUAAUUAGCACGAUGACGAUCCUACGUUUCCUAGUUAUUGUGCCUCGGUUUUUUCCCUUUGUGCGUUUCACGUUCGGUUGUCCAUUGUAUAUCGUAUUCUCACGACGCGCAAUGAAACAAACCGACAUUGCGUUCCUCCAACGUAACUCACGACAGAUUCCUUCUUCUUUUCCAUGGCAUAGAAAAUUUUCCAAUUUAUCUCUCAUCUGGUAUUUAACAUCUUUCCUAGGUUUAUCGAUAAUCGAAUUUUACCAAACUAUCGUUUAUCAAUGCUAGUUUAUCGAUAGUAAUUUUAUCGGUAUAGUUGUUUGGUAAUUAAUCUACCGGUAGAUCGACGAACGAUUACGAAAGUAAUUUUACCGUCGUUCGAACAGAUUGGUAAUUGCUGAAUCACCGAUGUUCGCGUAAACGCAUAUUCGGAUAGAGCGAGAAACGAAGAGGAAGAGAAACGAAAGGUAAAUAAAUAUUUAUAUCGGAACGGUAGACGCGUCGUCUUUUAUCUUACAUUUUCGAGUGACGAGCGUGUUUCGAAUAUUUAUUAAUUGCUUUAGUUGGUCAUAGAUCACAUGGAAUCGCGUAUUCGCAAUUUUCAGCGGUCCAUUAAACCUAAGAUGCAGCAAUUUGUAUUUCGCACUAGGAUAAUUCGUCGAUCAAGUUUAUCGCGUCGUUAUUUGCAACGCGAAUGUUGUCGCGUUUAAGCGUUUCCAAGUCUCUCGUAAAAUCGCGUAAUUUCGCGAAAUUCUGUCAUCCACCGAUCCUUGCUUCGACGAAAUUUUUAUCGUAACGUAUACGUUAUUUUGCUUUUUACACCUACUCGCGUAAUAUCGUUAUUAUUAUUAUUAUUAUUAUUAUUAUUAUGAAUAUAUAUAUAUAUACAUAUUAUUACGAACGUAGCGCAAUACGAUAGGAAAUACGUAUCGUUUUCGCGCGAUCCCUUCUUUUCCGUAUCGAUCCGUACAGAUUGGUGGCAAAGCGUCCACUUGCCUAUAGAAACGACGAUACGCGCGUAUAUACGCCACAUCGAGCACCAAAGGGUUAAUCUUGUCACGUUACGCCGUGACGGCGUAACCAAUGUCACCGUCGCGUCGCGGAGUAACACCGAGUUAACCGCUUUCGAUUCCACUACGAUUAUAUUAUAUCACGACAUUUGCACUCGUUGAGAAACUCGACGCGUGUCUCGCGUUUGAUUUCUCGAACGAACGACGAUGCUCGAUCGGAGACGAGCGGAACCAAUGGAACACCAAUCGCGGGAAUAGCAUGUUGCGUUACCGGUAAUAUCCUGUCCGGUUCGUACACGAGAGGCGGCGGCGGCGGCGGCGGCGUCAAAGGGAAACGCGUCUUUUCUCGUCGUUCGAUAGUUUCGACUAUGCAAUUUCCAAUUACGAAACGAACCUUACACCAACUCGCCCGCAUUUUUCAUUUAUUAAAAUACAUUUUUCAAUCCAUCUGUACAAGACUGUAUGUCGCGAAACGUAACGCGAUUUAUUUACUUUCACCUUCGUUAAGAAAAACAGUAAAAAGAUACGAAAUGCUUGAUUCUCUUAAUUCCUUCUGCAAACGCAUCGACAAUACUCGCACCGAUUUGCCAGUACAAACGAAUACGAAUAGAAAUUUUGCGAGAAAGCGUGUUUUCAGUUUGUUGGACGAGUCGGAUACGCAAAAUUCGAUAGGUGUAACGUAGACUUUCGCACGGCAUAAUUUUCAAAUCGCACGGUACAAAGAUUUAAGGAGGAGCGACAUUCCGAGAGACGAUAUCGAACUGGCAUUGAUACCGAACAAUACCGAGGUCUCUGUCACACCCAAGAAAACUCUACACCGUAACGCGUUUGCUCGCGAGAUGGAGCGGUUAACAGUACUUGCAUGGUUUGUUUCGCAUACUGUUCCAACUGGUAGCACGAACCGUUACAAGAAUAUGGAAAGUCCGGCGAUUCGCCAAGAAAAGUACCUCGUACACACGGUUCGCCAUAUAAAAUCUGAUAAUAUCGACCGUUCUUCUUCUCGAUUACAUAUACAUCGAACGGUGUUGCUGCUACUCGCAAGCAUAAUCGCAAUCGUGGCAGCAACCUCCAGCUGUCCAUGGGCGCAACACGUAGCCGAUCUCGAGAGUUCCUGCAUUUGUGACUACAACCUGGCCAGAGAACUUUCGGUACAAUGCGACAUCGUCGAUUACGAGCAACUGCUAUCCGCUAUGCGGCGCCACGUUUCUAAAACCAGCAUAGACCUGUUCUACAUCAACAACAGCACCAUAGGAAUCUUGAGGAACGAUUCGUUCUCAUCCGUGAAAAUCAACAAUAUGCAAUUAUCUGGCUGCCAAAUUAAAACUAUCGAGGCGCACGCGUUUAGGGGCCAGGAAAGCUCUUUGAAAAGCAUCAAUCUAAAAGACAACGAAUUGACGGAGAUUCCCAGUGAGACGCUGAAAACUCUGAAGAAUCUCACGGUACUGGAUCUUUCGAUGAAUAAAAUUACGAGGGUGAAUGACGAUACCUUUACGGGAUUAAAGUUAGUUACGUUGAAACUUUCCGACAACGAAGUUACUUUGGCGCCUGGAUCGUUUCGAGGAUUGGAGAGGUCGUUGAAAAAUUUGAAUUUGAAGGGAACCAGGCAGAAGAAGGUUCCCGAAGCGCUUAGAGGUUUAAGGACACUGGCGUUUCUCGAUUUGUCGCAGAAUAGUAUCAGAGAGUUGCCUGGCUCGGCCGGUACCAGAGCUUUCGAGGGAUUGGAUUCGUUGACCGGUCUGAAUCUCGAGAGGAACUUGAUACAAAAUAUCGGAUCCGAUACGUUUUACGGUAUCAAGAAUACCUUGAGCUCGUUGAGCUUGUUGAAUAAUCUUAUUCCCGACUUUCCCACCGCUGCCAUCAACAGCGUUCAAGACCUAAGGGUGCUGGAUAUAGGAUUCAAUCUAAUAACGGAGUUGCCGAUAAACGCGUUUCAAAAGAAUCCGUCGAUAACAUUGCUAGCGAUCGAUGGAAAUCCUUUGUCAACCGUUCCGGAGGAAGCUCUAGCUCGAUUAAACGGAACGCUUCGAGGUCUGAGUUUAGGAGGCCGAUUUCUGGUCUGUGAUUGCAGAUUACGGUGGAUCGUCGACUGGAUAAAAACCAGAGACUUGCAAGUCACUAGUCGGGAACGCAAGCCACAAUUCUGCGGAAGUCCGCAAAACUUGCAAGAUAAAAGUUUUUACAACAUCGACACAGCAGAAAUGACCUGCGAAAGAACUCCAGAGAUAAUCGGAAUCGGAACGGUAGAAAGCGUGGACACGAGAGAACCUACAGGAUCCGCUGUAGUAGCCAACGGUUACGAUCCGACCACUCGACCAUCGAUUAACCUACCUACCACUGCUGCGACAACUACGACCGUAUCGACAACAGCGCUUGUAUCUUCCACAACGGAAUUCCAAAAAACCGAGACACCAUUUUCCACUACACCAAGAACCAUCACCAACAGGCCAACGGUUGCACGAACAGGAAACGUGGUGAUAAUGAGGACCACACCAUCCCCACCAAAACAAAUUCAGGAUCAAUUGCAGCAACAUCAACCAAGACCACCGUUGGUACUUGGUUCGCCGCUUUAUAAAUCAAAAUUCACCGACAAAGAUAUUAUCGUCAAGGACGUACUCAGACAGGAUAACGCGGUGAUUAUAUACUGGGACACGGAAGCGACGAAUAUUUUAGGUUUCAAAGUAAUUUAUAGAUUGUUCGGCGACAGUAGUUUCAAGCAGGCACCGCCUUUGGAGGCCAGUGAACGAGAAUUCAAAAUCAAGAACGUUCCUUCGCAGGAAUGUAUCGUAGUGUGCGUAGUAUCGUUGGAAGAAACAAACAUCACUCCUGCGAACGUGCCCUACAAUCAGUGCAAGGAGGUAAGAACGGAAAACUCGCCUACGUCCAACAUGGAUAAAAUUACUAUCGCUGCGAGCGCAGCCAUAUGCGCCACUAUAGUGGUAGCAGUAAUAAUAUUUAUCGUUGCGAAUCGACGAAGGGCCAGAAAACUUCAUACUCUUCACAGUAUUGAUCAGACAAAAAUGGGCGGACCCAUUACUGGUUUACCUGUGAAUUGUUGUUCCAACGUUGGUCCGACACCCAGCCCUGGUGGGCCGUUGUCAUCAAUGGCGACACUCAGUGCUUAUAAUGCUCAAAAAGAAUGGGAUCAAGUAUCUGCGUACAGUAACAGAAGCAUACCAAGGCCAAGGAUAUUCCCCGUUGAUCGACAAGGUUCGAUAACUAGAGCUUCUUGCAUCGACGAUGUCAGAUCACAGACAGGACAUUACAGCGGAAAAGUAUCGACUCGUUCUGCAGUUGAUGGACAAUCUCAGCACAGCUUCUCUAACACAUCGACGAGAUACUUUGGAAACAACACUUUGACUUCCAAUCUCGCUAACACAAGAUCAGAGUUGAGACAAUCUCGACAAUCUUUGACCGCAGCUUCUGACAGAAUAUCGCGAACGAAUUUUUCACCCAGUCACAUGCCACCGCAUUCUUCAUCUAGAAGGCAAAGGCCAAGAUCGUGUAAUCGAACAUUGGAGCAAAACCCACCAAGACCAGGUAGCAGAUACAGCAUAGCCGAUUCAACGCACACCCUUAAUAAUUACGAAGAGAACAAUUGGACCGAUCAUGAUAUGGACAUAUACAUGGCACGUAAUCCAACUACGAGGACUGGUCUUAUGCCUCUCUGAUUCCACACAUUGUAUGUGCGCGGUUUUGCUCAAACGUGUUCAGUGACAUUUUUUCUCUUCAGACCGCCUGAACUGCUCUCACUCACGUACUUGUAAUAUAUAACGUGACGUUUCGAAAGGUUCACAGAUUUAUAGGUAGCGUAACGUUGACAUAGUAUCAAUGUUCAAAUAAAGACCUGAGAUGUAUGUUAUUACAAAAAUUACUGUGUAAUAGAUGUAUUAACGUAGUAACAUGGAGGAUACGUUACAAACGUGCAGCUUCAAGAAAGUUGAUAUUAAGAAAUUGCUUGGAGGUGCACAGUUAAAAAUAUAUAUAUAUACGCGCUAUGUGUGCUCGAACAAAACGUUCAAUUUCAAACCGUUUUUGCGCACGAUCUCUCAACAAAAAAAGAAAAAAAAAAAAGAAAAAAAAAGACAACAUAGCACUAAGUGAUAAAUAAGUCAAGUUUAUCGCGUACGUGGUGGAUGUGUUUUUAUCCAAAGACUAUAUUAUAAAUCAACGUCUGUCAAAUUCUGUAUUAUGUUUAAAUGUCUUGUGCUUGUUGACGCAUGUUUAUAAGAAAUGUACUGAUAUUAAAGUAUCUCUUAACAUACGAUAUGUUCUGGUAAUGAGAGAUUUCGCUAUUAAUAAAUAUAGAGCAAUUUUGUAUAUUUCUACGUACCGAUAAUUUUAUAUUUCAGUAUUAGAAUAAAAUCGAAACUGAAUACACAUACGAUACAGUUAUGUGUAUUACUCUGAUGUAUUUUGUAAAAUUAAUGCGUACUAAUAAAUUCUAAAUAUUAAUAGAUCAACGAAAACGUCGAUAUAAUUUCUCAUUUCUCGAUUUUGUCACACCGCAUAAAACUGCCAGUUCACAAUAACCUUUUACGAUAAGGAUCCACGCAUUUUAUUUUUUUUUUCUUUUCUUUUUUUUUUUUUUUUUUACGGCGCAAUUUUGAUUAAUAAAACGUGC